AUGGCCUCAGGACAAACACUUGGAUUUAUCGGAUGCGGUAACAUGGGCGGAGCCGUCUUAAACGGCCUCCUCAAUUUCGCGUUCUCCAAAACCACAGAAACAACCAAGAAGCCAAUUACUCGCUUCAUCACCUGCACAAAAACAGCAGCCUCCGCCGCGCGGCUCCAGGCAUCACUCGCCCCCGAGCACCAACAACUCAUCAAAGUCGUCUCGGGGCAAAAUGUCCAGACAAUGCAAGAAGCCGAUAUCGUCAUUCUCGGCUGCAAACCAUUUAUGGCUGCAGAUGUGCUUGGUGAAGAAGGCGUCCGUGAUGCCCUCGCUGGCAAGCUCGUCAUUAGCAUGCUUGGAGGCCAAUCUGCUGAAAAGCUCACUGGUCUCAUUAACCCAGAGCCUACGACUUCUCAAGACCCGCAUGUAAUGGUAGCGGUCCCGAAUAUGGGUGCUCAAUUUGGCCAGUCGAUGACUAUCAUUGAAACGCCGCCGCCAACGGUCCCGCAGGCCAUGGCGGAAAUUACAGAGUGGAUUUUUAAGCAGGUUGGCGCAGUCAAAUAUCUCGGUCCUGAGCAAAUUGGACUGGCAACUGUUCUUGUUGGCGCGACGAUGGCGACCUUGACGCUGCCUAUCGAGGGCCUGCUGGAUGGAUGUGUUGCGGAGGGACUCAAGCGUUCUGAGGCCAUGGAGUUGGUCCUCCAGGGAGUGAAGGGGUUAACAGCCGUUUUGGAGUCUGGACAACACCCAGGUGUUGUGAGGGAGAGCAUUUCUUCGCCGAGGGGAUGUACUAUCCAGACCCUUUUGAGUCUUGAGAAGGCGGGGACGAGAGCAGAUUUCGCGGAGGCAAUUAUCAGAGGCAAUACGCAUUUGAGAGAGAAGAUGUAG